AAUUAAAAUCAGUGAACUUAUUCCUGAGUGGUUCAUCUUAGUAAUCACACAAAUUCGGUUUACUCAGGUAACCAAUCAUAAUGCUCCUUUUAAUCCUGGGCUAAUUUGACAUUAUUGUCACGCAGUAUGUCACGCUACUUAGCAGCAUUACCGACAUGCAUUGUUAACUCAGUCGGUAUGUCGCCAUUACCUGACCUUGUUCCUCCGACGAAAACAUUAACCAGCUUUUAAUAAAUCAACAGAAGGUUUUCACUACACAAACCGGCAGAAUCGUGAUUGGCUGAUAGCCCAUGUGUUUGUAAAAUGCCACCUGUUACCACAACCUCUAUGUCUCGACAUGUUUUUAAAACAUACAUUAUUGAGAAAGAACUGUGCAUAUAAUAUACAUUUUUUUUUACCAAAACUUUGAACAUUGUUACUCGAAAGUCCUAACUGAAGACAAUCGGACGCAUUUUGAUUGCCAACACUAACACUCUUCGUUUAAAAUCUUAUUAUGACAAAUUUUAUUUCCGUCCACAGUUCAAAACUGGUUAUUAUGACUGUGGGGAAAACAUACCACAAGGUUUUUGUCAUCUACCCAGAGGAAGUCUUAAUUCUAAAGCAGCUACUGGCUUCCGUGCGUGAGAGUUAGAUAUGUAAAACGAGACAGUACCUACUUUCUUUGCUCCCCCGCAAAACAAUGAUGCAGAAUUUAGGAAUAUCACUUGCGACUUCACUGACUAAUACAUAAAUUAUUUACAACACAUACCCCCAACUGUUGCUAAAGGAGUUAACGUAUUUCAUAUUAAAUUAAUCAGCAAGGUACGAACGCAACGAAAUAAUCGUCCAUUUGAUAUAUUUUUUUAUAUAGUUGGACAAUUUUCAUCGUAUUUACUACUGCUACAGAAAGGAAGUCGAUCGUUUCGAAUUUCUCACCCACGGUCGAAGGCAUAUUUUACCUUAGCUUUUAUUUCCGUGACUACAAAGCACAAGCUAAUAUUGUAAAUUGCAGCGCAAAAUUACAAGUGCUUCAGUUUGGGCAAAGCAAAUCGCCACUGCUAUGAGACGUUGGAAGACCUGGGAAAGUUUAGCAGUUGAAGAUUAUUUCGAUGAUGUUACGCAGCCAAUUCGUUGGAAUUCAUUGGAGAAACUGGACAGAAUGUCAAGCGAUGGACUUGUCGCUGAAGGGUUCAAAGUUCCGCAAAAACCCAAGAGAAACGAUGGUGUUUUAAACGACCCGUCUCUGUUGUGUGGUGUGUGCAAACAAUUUUUCCACCGGCCUAAACUGCUGCGAUGCCUCCAUAGCUUCUGUAAAAGUUGUAUCGAGAGUCUCGCAGGAAAUGUGCCUGGUAGAGAAGGCACUGUUAUUUGCCCCAUAUGCUCUUCACCUAGUGAACUUGGCAGCAAAGGAAUUGACGAGUUGCCGGUGAAUUUUCUUAUCGCCGUGGAACUCAAAAAUCGGAAUUACGCGGUUGAAGAAAAGAAAGCCCCGAUCAAAUGCGGAAACUGUGAAGACAAUGCGGAAGUUACAGGGCAAUGCAACGAGUGCGCGGAAUUUUUGUGCGACAAGUGCACCUCUGCGCAUAGAAGGGUGCGUGUUACGAGAGAACAUCAAAUUAUCUCCUUAAAUGAGCUAACGACUAAUGACGAAGAGAACAAUAAUUUGUGCAGCCGGGACCAUUGCUCGGAUCACAGCGGCGAAGAACUGACGUACUUUUGCCAAACGUGCAACAAGCUAAUCUGCCGUGAGUGCACGGUGGUGAGUCACCCAAAAACAACGCACGCGUUCGAGCCGCUAAAAGACGCGUCCGGUAAACACAGGCAAGAGAUAACCGCACUGCUAGACGCGAUUAAAAUGAAGAGUCCGUUCGUCAAAAGAGCUCUGUUGGAGAUAGAAGAGGCAUGUGGGGACAUCCCACAACAUGCUCUAGCGAUUGAGGAGCAAAUUAAGGGCUCGACGACACGCUACAUCAGAGCACUGAAAGAGCGCGAGGAACAGCUAUUGGACGAUUUGGGGGCCAUGAGAGAAUAUAAAGCAACAUUGCUAGAACAACAAAAGGAACGCCUGUACAAAGGAAUCAGAGAUAUCGAGAGCAAUUGCGAACUAAUUGAAAAGAUGCUUCAGGAAGGAAAUGCUGCCGAAAUCGCCAGAGUAAAAGAUUUCAUGGCCGGGCGAUUGCGCAACUUAACAGACAUGAUGCAAGACAUGUCGCCAACGGAAGGACCAGAUUUUGAUUACGUCACUGAAGAGGAGCUGCUGUUUGGCAUCAUUAAAAGUGGCGGCAAGAUUGAGAGUAGCACCAGGCCCCCCGCCGUGCGUCUUAUCGGGGAGGGCCUGUACAACGCCGCGGUUGGUAAGACCUCAAGCUUCACUUUGGCUGUGCGGGAGGACGCAGAGAUCAACAAACAUGACCUGGAUGUUCGAAUCGAAACACCUGAUCUAGUCAUUCUCACUUGUAACGUGACAAAGCACAGUUCACACCUUUACACGCUCAGUUACACGCCGAGAAUUCACGGAGAGCACGUGAUCACGGUUCUUGCAAAAGGAGAGGAAGUGGAAGAAAGCCCUUACUCCGUGAACGUCAAAAAGGGGCACAUGUGCUUUGCUACGAAAUCUCUUCCUGUUUGCUUACGGUUUGGUUACAAAGGCAAAGGAAGAGGCGAACUUAACAGUCCUUCUGAUGUUGCUGCAGCGUGCAACGGCGUUAUUGCUGUUGCAGACACACUGAACGAUAGAAUUCAACUGUUCACCAGCAAGGGAGGUUUUCUGCGGCAGUUUGGAAGUCCUGGUGAAGAUGUUGGAAAGUUAAACUCGCCGACCGGUCUUUGCUUCUCUCAAAGCGGACAGAUAGUCGUUGCAGAUCAACAGAAUAACCGAAUUCAGGUCUUCAGUAUGGAGGGAGUACUGUCUAAAGUGAUUGUAUGCAAAGGUCGUAACGCUGGAGAUUUUAAGAAUCCCACGGGUGUAGCUGUCGACGAGGAAGGCCAGCUACUAGUUACAGAUCAGCAGAACCACAGAGUUGUGGUAUUCAACAGUCAUGGAGUCUACAGCAACCAGUUUGGAUCACUAGGAACGAAAGAUGGAGAUUUCAACAACCCUUCCUACAUCGCUGUCUGCCAAGAUGGCGAGAUUUAUGUUACAGACACUUCAAAUCAUCGGGUGCAAAUUUUCGACCCCACGGGGAAAUUUCAGCGAAAAUUCGGCAGGCCCGGCACGGGGGAUGGCGACUUUCAUUAUCCCUCGGGAAUAACAGUUGAUUCAUCCGGGUACAUUUUCGUUUCUGACCGCACCAAUCGCGUGCAGGUGUUUAACUCACACUUGCGCUUUGUGACCAAGUUUGGCGGGAAACUGAGUGGAGACGGUCAGUUGAGCGGGCCGCUUGGAAUUGAUUACACUCCGGAAGGCCGGGUUGCUGUGGCUGACGCCGGAAAUAAUUCUGUUAAGAUUUUCUAUUUUCCCAACGAGUAGAGAACGAAAAGGAUACCACGCGAGAAAAACUUACCGACGGAUAUUGGCAUGAGUACUUAGUCCAACCUACACGUAUUGGUCCGUAUUCUGUUGGGGCUUUUUCUGACACUGUACAAAGCAAUUCAAGAAUUAUAAUUACAGGAAACCGAGAUUUUUUGAAGACAAUUAUCUUUCUUUUGGAUUUUUAUAGGCUGAGCUACGUAAUUUGUGCAAAUUCGUCCACAAACCUCAAGUAACCACUUCAUGUAAUCUGCUGCUUUGGUCAAUCAGAGGAAACAUUGAUUCUUUUUCAGCCAAUUAGGAACUCGUGUUUUCGUUUUCCCGCCCUCAGCACGGGUUGCACGGUGUUGUUGUUGGUUUUGUGCCUUUGCUUUGGUUGGCCAAAAUGAUUACUUUACAGUCAGUUUUGCUUUUACUGAAGACAGUGGUUAGAAACUGCUUUGAUAGUUUUGCAGCCGACAAUUACUAUGCCCCUGGGGGAAGAUAUGUUGUUUAUACGGAUACAGGGAAACCUAAAUUUAUACUUACAGAGAUCAAAUUGAGGCAUCAAACUGAUGCUCUAGGAGCAGUAGAAUUUAAGCUUUUUAAUUCGCUUGGAAGUAAAACUUAAUCACUUGCUUUUUCCAUUCGCAUUUUGAAAUUUACUGACAUAUCUAUGUGAUGACUACGUCAUCUAUAAACUUUAUAUCAAAUUAACGUUAGUUCCAUUCUAAGCCUCAAGGUUAUGUAAUCACAAAUCCUUCACAGGAAGUUUAUAAAAUGUAACGUGUUUUGACACUUAAACUUGUAGUUUCUCCUCGAUGAGAAGUUGACAGGUCUUGAUUGAUCAAAUUCAGAGACCUUUGUAGCUCAUGAUAAUACUGAAACAACGUGUAGCAGUAGAAAAGAUUAGCUGUUAACAUCUUAGCAAAGAAUAAAGAAAUCUGAAAUACUUUUGCUUGUAAAA